CCAAACUUGAACUUCGACAUGUGUAAACACCAAUGGACCCUCUUUCCAUCACCACUUCGUGCAUCACGCUCAUCGGAGUGACCGCAAAGACAGUGAUUUCCCUCACCGACUUUAUCCGGACCUGUCGCGAUGCCCGCAGCGACCUCUUCAGCGUACACGCUGAACUGAGCGAGCUGACACUGGUUCUCGAGCUGCUGAAAGAUGAUGCAUCUACCAUCGUCAUGAUACCCCAGACGCUUCAAAAUCAAGUUGUAAACAUCGUUAAUAAAUGCGGCGCCGUUGUCGACGAUAUCAGCGCUCUCCUCGUGAAACACAAUGGAAAAAAGAACGGAGCCAUGCGAUGGGCUUGGGACGGCAAGGAUGCUGUGAAUGCGCUUCGUCAGUCCCUUGAAACCCACCGAGCAGCUCUCAUGCUAGCUGUUGAGGCCAUUCAAUUAUGCUUGGUCAAAGAUAUAAAGGCCGACACAGCUGCAAUCCGGGAUGAGUCCUCGCAAGUAAAAAAGAACACAGAUGAGAUUCUGGAGGAAGUAGCUCGACUUCGGAUAUUACUCUCUGAGCAGACCAAAUCUGGAAGGGACUUUAUGAUGGAGCGUUACCUGGAUUCACUGACAACAUAUGCUGAGUCCGUUGUUAGCGGGGACAUUGACGAAGACAGAUUAAUCCUUUCAGAUGAUCAACCCAUCCCUUCAAAAGCUCAUGAGGUUCCUAGCGGGAUUGUAACUCAACUCCGCCCUGAAGAUUCACGCGGGUCAACCCUCAUGGACAUCAGCCCGUAUCGUUCGCAUGAAUAUCGCGCAUCACGUUGGAGCGGUCGAUUCACACGUGAAGAGUCGCAGAGAUUAUCACCCGAACUUCAUUCAACCAGACGAGACGAGGAAGCCUCGCGUCAACGAAGCAAGAGCGUAAUCAAUGCUCCGCCCUCCACCAACAGUGGCAGACAAAUCCUACAUUACGCACGCGCAUUGUACAGAUAUUAUGCAGUCAUUCCUGAGGAGCUGGGCUUUGCCAAAGGCGAUUUGCUCGCCGUGUUUCGUCACCAAGACGACGGAUGGUGGGAGGCCGAGGUCCAUGGCCAGGAUGGGCACAGCGGGUUGGUCCCAAGCAACUUCCUCUUGGAUUUGUCCAUAAAGUCGUCGGACACAAAUUCAGCUAAGUAGUUCAAAUAUGGCUGGUAUGUGGGGUUAUAUAGAGGCACAGGACACAUGGGCGGCUUGAAAAGACGUUGACAGGAAUGAGUCGGAAACUUCUAUUUAACAAUGUGGAAAGACUAGAGAUUAUUGAAUUUAAG